UCCCCCUCCCUUCUGCUCUAAAGAGAGAAAGAAAUAUAGAGGGGGGGCUUAUCUCACCUGGGCCUUGACGCACGAGUAUGUUUGCCUGGUGCAGUGGUAUAUUGAGGGCAGCAUGAACUGCACGAAAGCACAGAGGUGGAAGGGAAGAUGGGGAGCCUGUUCUCAGGCUUCCUAGUAGUUUGUGUUCCUGAGACAUUGACAGGGAGAGCUGGUAGGAGCUGAGAUGUGCUUCAGGCUGGUGCCUGAGAGUGUUGGCCUAAGAAGCUUGGAUCUUGAGAGCAGUGGGUUCUAAGUGGUGCUCUUGAAAUAGGGAAGAUGGCCUAUCCGGGGCCAUGGCUGCAGAGGCUGGGUUCCAUGACCAGUUUGGAGAUUAGGCUGGGUGACUAGGGGUUGGGGGGGCAUUUCCAGAGCAGAAGCCAGCUUGUGGAGGAAAGUGAAUUCCCUGUCAACAAGAUGAGACUUUGGUGAUGCCUAAGGGAUGGCUACAUGUUGAAAAGCUUGAGCAAGGCCUAGAUUGGCCAGGUUAGCUGCAUGGCGGGAGGGCGUUUGAAGUCCUGGGAGAUCAGGAGAGGCUGGGGCUUGGGACACGCACAGCCUGGGCUGCUGGAAGGGGGGGUGGAGCUGGAGAGCCAGGAACAAGGGAUCAGUGACUACAGGGAAGGGGAGGAGACAGUGAGCAGUGAUGGGUGCUGCUGAGAAGUCACAUACCUUGAGGCCAGAGAAGACAGUUGGGGUUGGGCCUUGGGGUGACUCUGGGGAGAGGGAUUUGGGUGGUGUGCCCAGAUGGAAGCCAGACUGGAAGACUGAGGAGCAGAUGGAAGGGAGGGCCCAGGAUGUGGAAGGGAGGAGGCAGUGGGCUCCAGGUGGCCAGAGUUGAGGGAAGUGGUGUGCCCAGUGUGAGUGGGACUGUGGGUCUGGGGUAGGGCUGAGUCUCGGGAGGAAGUGCAGCGGACGCCAUUCUGUGGCGCACAUGUCCACCCAGGUGGGUGAGGCAGGUGGCCCCACUUACCUCAGCUGCUUCCUUGUUAGCUGCAGAGCUGCCGUCAGUCAUGCUACUGAAUGGGGACUGUCCAGAGGGCCUAAAGAAGGAAGAAAGGGCUGCCGAGCUGUCCCGGGAAAAUGGUCUGGAUGAGGCCGAGCCGGGAGAGGAGACGACUGGACAGGAAGUCAUUGUCAUUCAGGACACAGGCUUUUCUGUGAAGAUCCUGGCACCUGGGAUUGAGCCCUUUUCCUUACAGGUGUCCCCGCAGGAGAUGGUACAGGAGAUCCACCAGGUACUGAUGGACCGCGAAGACACAUGUCACCGCACGUGCUUCUCGCUGCACCUGGAUGGCAACAUGUUGGACCAUUUCUCAGAGCUGCGCAGUGUCGAGGGGUUGCAGGAGGGCUCGGUGCUACGUGUGGUGGAAGAACCGUACACAGUCCGUGAGGCCCGCAUCCACGUGCGCCAUGUCCGGGACCUGCUCAAGAGCCUUGACCCAUCCGAUGCCUUCAACGGGGUUGACUGCAACUCCUUGUCCUUCCUGAGCGUCUUUACUGAUGGCGACCUGGGAGACAGCGGGAAGCGGAAGAAAGGCUUGGAGAUGGACCCCAUUGACUGCACGCCACCUGAGUACAUCCUUCCAGGGAGUCGGGAGCGGCCACUGUGUCCCCUGCAGCCCCAGAACCGUGACUGGAAGCCCCUGCAGUGCCUGAAAGUGCUCACCAUGAGUGGCUGGAAUCCGCCCCCUGGGAACCGCAAGAUGCAUGGGGACCUCAUGUACCUGUUUGUGAUCACAGCCGAGGACCGGCAAGUCAGCAUCACGGCAUCCACGCGGGGCUUUUACCUGAACCAGUCCACAGCAUAUCACUUCAACCCCAAGCCUGCCAGUCCGCGCUUCCUCAGCCAUUCCCUGGUGGAGCUGCUCAACCAGAUCAGCCCCACCUUCAAAAAAAACUUUGCUGUGCUGCAGAAGAAAAGGGUCCAGCGCCACCCCUUCGAGAGAAUUGCCACCCCGUUCCAGGUGUACAGCUGGACAGCCCCCCAGGCAGAGCAUGCCAUGGACUGUGUGCGUGCGGAGGACGCCUACACCUCCAGGCUGGGCUAUGAGGAACACAUUCCUGGACAGACCCGGGACUGGAACGAGGAGCUGCAGACGACAAGGGAACUGCCCCGCAAGAACCUGCCUGAGCGGCUGCUUCGAGAAAGAGCUAUAUUCAAGGUGCACAGUGACUUCACAGCUGCGGCCACGCGGGGUGCCAUGGCGGUCAUCGAUGGCAACGUGAUGGCCAUCAACCCCAGUGAGGAGACCAAGAUGCAGAUGUUCAUCUGGAACAACAUCUUCUUUAGCUUGGGCUUUGAUGUUCGCGAUCACUACAAGGACUUCGGUGGGGACGUGGCGGCCUACGUGGCACCCACCAAUGACCUGAACGGUGUGCGCACGUACAACGCCGUUGACGUGGAGGGGCUGUACACGCUGGGCACGGUGGUGGUGGAUUACCGGGGCUACCGCGUCACAGCGCAGUCCAUCAUCCCGGGCAUCCUGGAGCGGGACCAGGAACAGAGUGUCAUUUACGGCUCCAUUGACUUCGGCAAGACGGUGAUGUCGCACCCUCGCUACCUGGAGCUUCUGGAACGUACCAGCCGGCCUCUCAAGAUCCUGAGGCACCGGGUGCUCAACGACCGCGACGAGGAGGUGGAGCUCUGCUCCUCCGUGGAGUGCAAGGGCAUCAUUGGCAACGACGGGCGCCACUACAUCCUCGACCUGCUGCGCACCUUCCCGCCCGACCUCAAUUUCCUGCCCGUGCCCGGCGAGGGGCUGCCCGAGGAGUGCAGCCGCGCUGGCUUCCCCCGCGCCCACCGGCACAAGCUCUGCUGCCUGCGCCAGGAGCUGGUGGAUGCCUUCGUGGAGCACAGGUACCUCCUCUUCAUGAAGCUCGCUGCCCUGCAGCUCAUGCAGCAGAAGGCCAGCAGGAUGGAGAACCCCACCUCGCUGGAAAACGGUGACUCCCCGUCCUCGGAAUCUAAGCCUGAAGAUCCUCCGGGACCCGAGGCAGGAAGUGAGGAGGAAGGUGGCAGUGCCCGCGGCCUGGCCAAGGUGAAGGAGCUGGCGGAGACCAUCGCCUCAGACGACGGGACAGCAGACCCUCGGAGCCGGGAGGUGAUCCGCAACGCGUGCAAGGCAGUUGGCUCCAUCAGCAGCACGGCCUUUGACGUUCGCUUCAACCCUGACAUCUUCUCACCAGGGGUUCGCUUCCCAGAGUCCUGCCAGGAGGAAGUUCGGGACCAGAAGCAGCUGCUGAAAGACGCCGCUGCCUUCCUGCUCUCCUGCCAGAUCCCUGGCUUGGUGAAGGACUGCAUCGACCAUGCGGUGCUGCCCAUGGACGGCGCCACGCUGGCUGAGGUGAUGCGUCAGCGGGGCAUCAACAUGCGCUACCUGGGCAAGGUGCUGGACCUGGUCCUCCGGAGCCCGGCCCGAGAGCAGCUGGACCACAUCUAUAAAAUUGGCAUCGGAGAGCUCAUCACCCGCUCUGCCAAGCACAUCUUCAAGACAUACUUACAGGGAGUGGAGCUCUCGGGCCUCUCAGCUGCCAUUAGCCACUUUCUGAACUGCUUCCUGAGCUCCUACCCCAACCCCGUGGCCCACCUGCCCGCCGAUGAGCUAAUCUCCAAGAAGAGGAACAGGAGGAGGAGAAACCGGCCCCUAGGGGCGGCAGAUAACACAGCCUGGGCUGUCAUGACCCCCCAGGAGCUCUGGAAGAACAUCUGCCAGGAGGCCAAGAACUACUUCGACUUCAGCCUUGAGUGCGAGACCGUGGACCAGGCUGUGGAGACGUAUGGCCUGCAGAAGAUCACGCUGCUGCGGGAAAUCUCCCUGAAAACCGGUAUCCAGAUCCUGCUGAAGGAGUACAGCUUCGACAGCCGCCACAAACCCGCAUUCACUGAGGAGGAUGUGCUCAAUAUCUUCCCCGUGGUCAAGCACGUCAACCCAAAGGCAUCGGACGCCUUCCACUUCUUCCAGAGUGGGCAGGCCAAAGUACAGCAGGGCUUCCUGAAGGAGGGCUGUGAGCUCAUCAAUGAGGCCCUGAACCUGUUUAACAACGUGUACGGAGCCAUGCACGUGGAGAUCUGCGCCUGCUUGCGCCUCCUUGCUCGUCUCCACUACAUUAUGGGCGACUACGCCGAGGCCCUGAGUAACCAACAGAAGGCAGUGCUGAUGAGCGAGCGAGUGAUGGGCAUCGAACACCCCAACACCAUCCAGGAAUAUAUGCACCUGGCCCUGUACUGCUUCGCCAGCAGCCAGCUGUCCACGGCCCUGAGCCUGCUGUACCGCGCCCGCUACCUCACCCUGCUCGUGUUCGGGGAGGACCACCCCGAGACGGCACUGCUGGAUAACAACAUCGGGCUGGUGCUGCACGGAGUGAUGGAGUAUGACCUAUCACUGCGCUUCCUGGAGAACGCGCUGGCUGUCAGCACCAAGUACCACGGGCCCAAAUCCCUCAAGGUGGCCCUCAGCCACCACCUUGUGGCCCGGGUCUAUGAGAGCAAAGCCGAGUUCCGGUCAGCCCUGCAGCACGAGAAGGAGGGCUACACUAUCUAUAAGACCCAGGUGGGCCGCGGCAGGGGCUGG